AUGCCAAAGCGGUCCAGGUCGGUAUUACAUGCGUACGUACUUCCUCCCAAACGCUUCAAAGUUAUCGAUGGGGACGGCACCACACAGAGAGCAGAAGGAGCUCUGCAUUACGCUGAGCGUGCCGAUGGUGGUGUUCAUCAGGGGCGCAUUACUGCAGGAAUCUGCGGAGGUGCGCGUAAUGUUGCAGCCGCAGCUUUUGGAAGUAAUGUUAUGAGGGAAGAUGAUGCUUCCGUAUCGGCUGCUCCCUCUUCGUGCGUGGAGUGGCAAGAUUGGAAUCAGCGAAACCAUUUUGAUGUUGACAACUAUGAAGUGGAGGAGGAAGGAGCUGCUUGUAUUUUAAUGGAGUGCGAGGGAAACGAAGUUGUCUCCCCGCUACCAUCUUAUCAGGUGGUGCAACAACAUCCUAAUUGGUUGGAACGCGCCGUCAUGCUUGCGCGCCAUAGCAUUAAAGGUGCAGCAGCUCAACGCAGGAAGGGCGUUUGUGGUGGUGUUUGCAUUGCCACACUUCCAGAUCCUUCCUGUGUUUGUCUUGACGCAAUCAGUGAAGAGGAACAGAAAUGUUCGUCCGCUGUUGCAACAAUUGCCGCUGCUUUUUACGGAAUGCCACAAGAAACAAGUUCGGAUCGCUUUGUCUUGUGA